AUGGCAUCUUAUAAGAUGAUAUUUUAUCUAUUUUGUCAUUUCAAACCUUCACCUUCCGACCCCAGCAAAUCUAUUGUCCCAUUUCCCACAUUAUUGAAUAAAUUUAUCUGCUCAUUUUCCGAUUCAUCCUCCGUUUUCUCAUUUUUUCCUGUGUUUAACCCAAGAAGAUUCCUCAGAUUCCAUUUGACGUCUUCGUAUUUGGUGUCCAACUCCUCUUCAAUGCCGCCGCCCGGGACCCCCUUGUCUGGCCACAUGAACAAUUUGUUUGAUGUGCCUGAUGAUGGUGUGGGAGACGAUCAGCAAUCCACGUCUAUCAGGCAAAACCCUUUAUGCCGAGUCGGAACAGUAGGUCGAGAGACCUUCGAAAAGAACAAUCAGAUGGCAAUCAAGGUGCGAUUCAAGAUCUACACCAACAUGGAAGUUGAAAUCAACACGCCGAUUCAGGGCACCCCUAAAGUCGGCGCUACUAAGAAACCAGCGAAGGCUGAUGGACUCAAUCUUAUAGAUUCUGAGGCUAUCAACACCGGCUUUCUAGAGAUCAAGACUUGUCCAAUCGGAAUGAGUCUGAACAAGUUCAAGAACCUGGUGGCCGGAGCCUGCAAAGAGUAUGAGGGAGGUUUGAAAAAGUUGAUUCUCAACAGUGUUUUUUCGCCCAACCUAAAGUGGAAGACCACCGUAGGACGCUCCAAGGUUGUUCUUGAUGGUGCUGUUCAAUGGAAAAGUUUUGUCAAAGCCCUCGAAAAAUCAAGCAAAAAAAUGGGUGUGGUUUCAAUCAAAAACGAUAAUAUGCAAGUCAGAGUUAAAUUAAGCGACAAGGAAUCGGCAACCAAAAAACUUAUUGCUGCGACUAAUGGCAAUGGCAAUGGGGCUGAGGAUCAGGAAUCCAAGCAUGACAAGAACAAGCAAGAGUUAAAUACUCUGGCCAACCAGAUUUUUAGCCAACAUGCAAUUGGGACGUACGCUGGAGGUGCGAUGGCCAACAUUGCAACUGUGCAUAUCCCCCCUAAUACUCCGGAGUUUUGGUAUGAAAUCAAGAAAAACCAGCGGAUCCACCCUGUCAUGGGUGUGGAUGAUCGGGUUGGACUUCAAUUGAAAGGCAGCUCUCAAAGAUCUCAUGGUGCCAAUCAUGUCUUGCGUUCAAUUGGACACGCUCAGGCCGGUGGUUUGGGUUUGAAGAAGAAGCAUCCAGCUCAAAUGCCCAAUAUCAAGCCCGAUAUCAUGAAGAUUGGCAAUAAACGUAAUGGGUUGGCCUCAACCAACAUGGGGGAUAUCAAACCGGACUUGAAGAAUAUCAAGGUUGUUUCCAUCAAUGAACCUAUCUAUGUAUCCAGCGAGUAUGAAAGCAACUGGGACACUGAAGGUGAGAGUAGCAGUUUUGAGUUUGAGGUCCAAAGACCCUCCACCUCUCACACGGUCCAAUUUGAGCUCUUCCUCGCCAACUGCAAGAUCUCCCUUGACAAUGUCAAAACCCAAACGCUUCUCAGAGAAGCUGGCUUUGUUUCGUGGACGGACUUGAUUCCGAGUGUACAACUCACUGAAUCAACUUUAACCUUCAAAGGGAUUGACUGGCAAAUUGCCAACCACCUGAUGAGCAAAGCUCAAGACUGUUACAUGAAAUUUUAA